AAUGAGAUCCUCUCCGCUAUGGCCAUGCUGUCUGGAAACACCUGUCUGUCCUUCCACCAGCAAACCAAGGACCAAAGACCAUCGGAUCAUCUGAUCUUCACGCCUGGCAAAGGAUGCGCCUCUUAUGUGGGCUGCAUCGGCGGAGAGCAGCCCAUAUUAAUAUCCCCCCUGUGCACUGUGGGGAACAUUGCCCAUGAGAUUCUUCACGCGCUUGGCUUCCACCACGAACACACAAGGAUGGACCGUGAGCAGUACAUCACUGUUCUCUCUCAAAAUAUUAUGACCGGGAAGGAGAUAAACUUCCAUGAGAAACGGGGGAAAACGUUUGGCCUUCCUUAUGACGUCACUUCUAUCAUGCACUACGGACGAGGGUUUUUCUCUGCGAAUGGUCUGCCCACCAUCGUCUCAAAAGAAGAUGUCCAGGAGAUGGGACAGAGGGAGAACCUGACAGAGCUGGACGUCCAGAGAGUUCAUCACCUCUACAACUGCAAUUCCACAGAAAAAGAGACUGAGGAGGAAAGUAAUGGUGCAUACCUGAACAGUGAGGAGGAAGAGCAGGAUACAGACCCCAUGAUCCAGAGUUUAAAGGUUUUCCUCAGUGACCAGAAUCGUAUUUCUGCCAACAAAACACAGGGAAGCCACACACCUUCAAGUAUAGCAGCCCCUGAUUCACUGCAGAGCCUGGAUAUGGCCACUGGAGCUGACAAUAACCACACAACCAAUCAUACUACAUGCUGAGACAAUGAUGGACUCAUUUCAUGAAUAAAACCACAACAUAAAGACCAAUAUCUCAUGGAUUUCUCUUUUUAACUGAGGUAUUUCAUAUGACAUCAAGAGUG